AUGGCUAAAUAUCCCGAUAUCAAACUUGCUAAUCUCACACAACCAUUGGAUCAUUUUGGACAUUCAACCAAUCUCACAUUUCAACAACGUUAUUGGUACUCUCUACGCCAUUACAAGCCUAAUUCUGGUAAACCAACUCCGAUCUACGUGCUAGAUUCUGGAGAAGUGGACGGAUCAUCAAGACUUUCUUAUUUGGAUCAUGGUAUCUUGGAUAUUCUUGCAAAUGCAACAAACGGAAUUGGAGUUGUUUUGGAACAUCGUUAUUAUGGAAAAAGUUAUCCUCCUCGUAAAGCGUUUGGAAAUGGAACGGUUUGGGGUGUUGAUCAAUUGCGUUGGCUUACAACCAAACAAGCACUAGAGGAUAAUGCACAAUUUGUUCAAAAUAUGACAUUUGAAGGUGUACAAGAAGAUGCAAGUCAUUUCCAAGCACCAAAUACACCUGUCAUCUCGUACGGUGGCUCUUAUCCCGGAGCAAAGAGUGCCUUUGUUCGACUUUUAUACCCUGAUUUAAUCUUUGGCAGUUUGGCUUCAAGUGCAGUCGUGACUGCGAUUGAACAAUUUCCUGAUUAUUUCUACCCAAUCGCUGCUGGUGCUCAACAAGAUUGUACACAAGCCAUUCAAGCAUCAGUCGGAUGGAUCGAUACCAUCCUUGCACCUGAACCUCAAAAGGGACAACAUCAACCUAAACGUGAUGCCAGCAAAACUCAUGAAUUGUUGGACUUAUUCGGAUUGGCAGAUCUGAAAGAUCCAGCUGAUUUCGCAAACGUGUUGACAAUCCCAUUGGGAAGCUUCCAGUCUCUCAACUGGGAUCCUUCUGUUACAUCAUCCGAUUUUGCUGACUUUUGUACAGCUUUGGUAGGAGAGCCAUCAGGACCUAUCGAACCUGCUCCCCAACGCAGAGCAGAUUCUCUAGAUGCACCGAAAGUUGUACAAAAUUUGGCAAAGUUCGUCAAAGAACAAUACGUUCAACCGUGUACAUCGGCCAAUGCAACCGUUCAAGAAUGUUUUGGCUCAUCUAAUUGGACUUCUUACACAAAUGCGACCCAUUUGACCGAUUCAAUUUCUUGGACUUUUCAAUUUUGCACUCAAUGGGGUUAUUUGAUGACCUCACCACCUUAUGUCAAAAAGUCAAACAGUCCUUACGAUUUCACACCUUCAGGACCAAAAUUGAUUUCCAGUUUGAUUGACUUGGAUUAUACCUCGGAAGUAUGCAAGAAAGGAUUCUUGCCUGGCGCUCAUUACACCGUACCUGAUCAUCCACAAACGGAACAGGUUAACAAAUACGGAAAUUUCACAAUCGAUGUUGACCGUUUGGCUUUCAUUGAUGGUCAAUACGACCCUUGGCGUCCUGCAACCGUUCAUUCAGAUCAAUUUGCAUAUGGAGGAAAUCGUAUCGAUACUCUCGAUCGUCCGUUCAAAUUGAUCCCAGAUUGCUGGCAUCAUUGUGAUGAAAAUGGAAACAAAACUUAUGAACCGCCAAGAGUGCAUAAGAUUCAUUCACAAGAAGUUCAAUUCGUUGAACAUUGGUUGACCCAAUGGAAGGACAAGGAAUGA